AUGAAGUUCGAAUACAACGAGCACAUAGUGCAUUUAUUGUUAAACCAUAUUACAAAUUACAAAAAAAAAGGUCUUGAUGGUAUUACAAAUCAUGAAGUAAGUCAGAUGCAUUUACAAUCAAUAAGUACAACAAGUGCAGAGCUAACAAAAAACGAUAAUAAUACAAUAAUUGGAAAAAUUAAUGCAAUAAACAUGAAUAAUUGUACAUUAAAUUAUCUACGUGCAUUGGCACGAACAUUUUUAUUUAUGUUAACCCAAGAAUUUGCAUUAAAUAAUUUCGAAGAUCUCAUCAAAUUACAAGCUAGAAAUUUGGCAGAACCAAUAACAAAGUGGUUAUCAGUUUCAAACAACAAACAACGAUAUUGGAGUGGGGAAAGUCGGGCUGAAUGGUUGCUCAGUGUUAAAUCAUAUUUAUGGAAAAAGCAAUUAAAUGAAUUAAAAAAUACAAACUUUUUAACAGUUAUGCUUGAUGAAACAACUGGUAUCAACAAUUUAAAACAACUUGUUAUUUGUCUUCGUUUUUUUAAUACAGCAACGUCAUCAAUAGUCGAACAAAUUUUUCGUUUAACACCUAUCGAAUCUCAAACUGGAGAGAAUUUAUACAACAAAUUAUCGGAAUUUUUGACAAACAUUCAAAAUGAAUUAGAGAAAGAAUUUAUAAUUGUAUGUCAAUGCUACGACGGAGCUUCAGCUCUUCGUUUUCAAUUACAAGGACAUUUUCGUGCUAAAUGGUGUGCAUUUGCUAUUUACUUAUAUUGUCGAUCACAUCUUCUCAAUUUAUGUGUUAAAGACGCAAUUGGUUCCAUAUCACCGGAUCGAAAAAUUUUAAAAGCUUGUUUGGUCAAAACCGAUUGCAGAUUCGUCUUCUCCAUGGUUGAUUAUGCGGUACGCGAUAACUUCUGGAUCGGGGUACUUUAG